AUGACUCAAACAACAUCCUCUCCUACUCUCAAUGGUAUCGCUUACUUCGUCUUGCCCAUCGGGCGCAUCGACCUCGACGCCCUGCGCCUCAUCUUUGAGUACAUCGCCGAAGCGGACCGUCCAAACAGCGAACAUCCUAUCGCAGAUAGCUGGCCGAGGCUUGGACACGUUUGUCGCGUAUGGCGGUCCACGCUGUUAGACAUGCCUCAGCUCUGGGCACGCGACGUACUUGCUUUCGGCACGGGUAGUGCAUUGGACGAUGUCGUCGAUCGCACUCGCGAACUACCACUUCGUCUUGACUGCCUGAGUCACACCUUAGACGAGCUUUCUAUGGAGCGCAUCAUACCACUCAUCCCGCGCGCUCAAGCCCUUCAAUGUGAACUAAAGACUUACGAGGAGCUAAAGGAUGUUCUCAACAGUAUCGCUUCUCAUCCACCCAAGGCCCUGCGCACUCUCUCGAUCAGCCUUGAGAUGGGAUUGAACAGUUGGUUUAUCUCUCAAUCGCCAUCUUACACGUCAUGCAUCGAACUUCUACCACUUCGCCAUCUCGAGAUGACGGGUGUAUAUCCCAAUCCCCCGCUCUUGGGCACAUUGACGUCCUGGACAAUGAAGUCUACGGACGUCAUCCUCGUCGAUCCGCGUCUUCCUAUAGAAGUCAUCGUCAACGUGUUGGCCCACAAUACCGGCCUGGAAUCGUUGUGUCUCAUGGACGCUAUCAGCGUCUUCAGGGAUCAAAAUAUAGUCCUUCCCGAUAUCGUCGUCCUCCCCAAGCUCAAGUCCUUAUACAUAUGGCAAGAAUCAAAUGCAUCGCCGUGCCCGAUUUUGAAUCGACUACAACUCCCCAAUCCCACAUUGGAGAAAUACUGGAUACGUGAUUGCGACGUCGACACAGCCGCGGAUGUCUCCGCGGAAUUCGCCUCGGCGCUCUCUGCUUGCGCUUGCUCCCCUGUACUUAGAUCCGGACGAUUCUUGCGAGUGCAGUGCGAAACACGUUGGGAGAACAAAGUCAUCGUGCAACUACAUCGUCAAUAUCGCGUCCCAGAAGGACCGGAGCAUCCCGAUAACAUGCCUUUCCAUGUUGAAUAUCAACCGUUCCAUCUGGCAGUUUCUUUCCUGGAACUAUCUAACGCCAUCCUCGCACCCCUUUCGCGCACCAGCUUACCAGAGCAAGUGCUUGAACUCUGGUGGUCGGUGUUCGAGGAAGACGCCCAAGUCGCCUCUUACUGGGAUACGGUACUACAGCCCUUCCAGGCGGUGACCACCUUGAUCAUUCUCGAUGUUUAUACGCACACACAGGCGGCUCUCGUCGCAAUGUCGGCCGCUCUAACUCGCACACGCGACGAUGGAUCGCUCCUUCUGCCCUGCUUGAACCGACUAGUGAUGCGCGCGUACGAGAUGGACGGGCUGGGGCUAUUCAGGGACCACAGUCUUCUCAAAAAGCGCAAGGACAUGGGCGUACCCAUUUCCAAGGUGCUGUUCUUGGACAUCGAUAGUCCGAAUAUGAAUGGAUCCGAACAGGACGACGAAUUUGACGGCGAGGUGAAGAAGCAAAUGCAAGACGUGGCGACAGAGCUUGAUGCUGGGCUUGAGAGUCAUAUAAGUUGGGAGGUUGUCAACGGGCAAAGGCGGAUACAAGGAACGGAAUUCGUCUUUAAGUAUUGA